CAUUUUUGCCACGAUCUUCUUGCCCAUUGCCCACCAUUGUUUUAGUUUCUCCUUUUCCGUUUUCUGAUUCAGAUGUUUAUUAACAAUUACAUGUCCUUUAAAUAGUUUUUUGGUUUUUCCAUCUUGCCGCACGUAAUAUGCCAUAGGAAAAUGAACGUAGAAAUCUCAAACCCUUCACGAAGGAAAUUGGUAUUGAAAACUCAUGCCUCAGAUCCUUCCAAGGCAUUGGUUCUGUAUCAGCCUUUUCCAGGAGGCCAAUGCAUAGGAAAAAAUCUAGCGUUAAAUGCUAAUACAGAGUGCAAACCAGCCAACCACUUUCUAAAACCCACAAAUAAAAUUGAAUCAAAAGAAAAAUGUAAGAAGACAUGUGAAACAUCUGAUCCCAAAACAUCAAGUUAUGGUAACAUAUUCUUGUUGGGUGUGAUAUUAAUUGUAACAGUUAUAUUGUCACUAACCAGUUCAUACAAAGACUGGGAUCUCUGUGACACAAAAUCAAUGGAGGUGGAUCUCAAGCUACUGAAACAUGAAUUAACUACUAAUCUUUAUGGGCAGUUGCCAGCAGCUAAAACAAUUAUUGAUGCACUGGAAGAACUUCAAGUAACAGUUGAACAAAUGGCAGUGCUUGUUCUCCUAGGAGGACCUGGAACAGGAAAAACGUGGACAACCCACUUGAUUGCUAACUCCAUGUCAGAACAAACUAAUCAAGUGUCUUUACACCUUGGACCCUGGUCAAACUUGCAAGAGAUUCAAAUGGCCUUCCAUGAGUUAAAGUGUUGUCACUGGAACCUCAUUUUUAUUGAAGAUUCAGACUACGCGAAUAGUCAACUGAUUGAAACUUUGCUUGAUAUGGUGUCCAGUGUCAGUCAAAAUAUUUCUUGCGCUCGCCAAAAAAUUGUUAUAAUACUGACGAGUAAUUAUGGCCAGAAGGAAUUUGCCGAAUUGCUUUUUCACGAGCGCGAGAGAUUUGGAACUAGACACACUGUAAGUCAUGAAGAUAUUCGCGAGACCAUUAAGAAGUUGACUUCUCAUCUUAUCAACGGUUUCGCCCAGCGGAAGAUACCUUUCGUUCCGGUUCCUUAUCUGCCUCUUGAGAAGAUGCAGUUAGAGCAGUGCAUUCAUAACGAUUUGCAGUUAAAGAAGAAGGUAGCAUCACCUGAUCUUAUAGAUAAAAUUAUCCAACAUUUUCGCUUCAUUCCUCCCCGAAAAGACUAUUUUGUCGCUGCAGGGUGCAAAACUGUACCUACUUUUGUCAACCUAUACACGUGAAACUGCUUGACGGAAAGGAAGACAGAUUUUAUUGUUUUCACAGGUAAAUUCAGAAUACAACAUUUGAAACAUAAUAAAAUGCCUCAUUAUCUC